AUGGUUCGUAUCUUAGCAACGAGCGGAUCAGAGCCAACGCUGUUGGAGGGUUGGGCAGCCGGCCUCGGUGUGAGACACCAGCUCCGGACUCAGGUCUCCACGCCCUUCGGCAAGCACACUUGGACGGAGAUCUCUCCUACUUUGAUGACGGGAGCUGCUACCGAUGCCAUGAUGCCAAAUAGACGUCCAGCUAUCCUCCUCCUCCUCCUCUGCCUGUGCUUUCGGGAUUCCCUCUGUGACUGCAACACAGGCAAUGCCAAUGAGUGCCAGGGCACCAGCUUUGUACCAGGGGCCAGGCUGGCGGGGGAGGGCUACGACGUGGUGACUCUACAGACCAAAGGGGCCUUCGUGAUCGAUGUCAACAGCAGGUGCAACCCAGAUGGCACCUGCACCCUCUGCAGCAACUGGCUGAUGUCCGAUGCCCGGCAGCGCCUGCCCCUCUCACUGGUGGACUGGCGGGUCCGUCCGUCCUGCAAGCGCUUGCUGUCCAGCCGUCUCUUCCGCUCCGCCGCCGAGCUGGGCAUCUCGGCCUCGUCGAAGAUCUCCAACGACUGGAAGGCCGACCUCCAGGUAACCCCCAAGCCGGGCGUCACCGCCAACUUCGUGGUGGCCGGCUCCAAGUCCAAGCUGACGACUUUCGGCACCACAAGGUCCAAAUCAGACAAGUACAGCUUCACCAGCCACGAGUUCCACUGCCAAUACUACCAGUACUGGGUGAAGGACCAGCCCCUCUUGGCUGCCCAGUUUGCGCAAUCCCUGGCGAUUCUGCCCAACGCCUCACACGAGGGCACCAGGUACCACUACAGGAAGCUGGUGGCCACCUACGGCACCCAUUACAUCAAGUCGGUGGCGCUGGGCGGUCUCUUCAAGGACUUGACGGCUAUUCGGACCUGUGAGGUGGCGUCCCAGGGCUAUACCUCAGAGGAGGUGAAGGACUGCCUGGGGGUGGAGGCCAGCAUUCAGGUGGGGAUACUGGUCAGAGGCACAGCGAGGUACGAGCGGUGCAAGGAGCUGGCGCGCGCCAUGGGGCACGGAGACAGCUUCCACCAGGCCUUCAGCGACCGGGAGACGGAGGAUGGCACAGCCUUCACCCGCUGGGCAGACAGCCUGACCGCCAGUCCGGGCAUGGUGCGGUACGCCCUGGAGCCCCUCCACCACCUGCUGCCCCGCUCCGACCCGCGCCACGCCAACCUGCAGCACUACAUCAGCGACUACAUCACGGCCAACGCCCUCUCCCGGGAGUGCGACGGGGGCACCCAGUGCCCCUCCGGCUCGCACCGGGACCGGCGGGACCCCUGCUCCUGCCUGUGCCACCAGGACAGCCUGCUGGACCGCCAGUGCUGCCCCAAGGUGAAGGGCAUGGGGCGCCUGUCGGUGACGGUCAAGAGAGGUCGCGACCUCUGGGGGGAUGACAACUCUGCCACCGACGGCUACGUCAUUGUCCAAUAUGGCCAGGUGAGCACCAGGACGCUCGUCGUGUCUCACACCAACAACCCCACCUGGAACACCAAGCUCGACCUGGGCGUGGUCAAGGCAGAGUCCGGACUCAAGUUGACCCUCGAGGUCUGGGACCAGGACUAUGGCUAUGACGACGAUCUCCUGGGUACCUGCAAGAUGACCCUGACCUCCGGUGCCCACGAUGAGGUCUGCUACCUCAGCUAUGGCAGUUUGACCUAUGGUUUUACCUUCACCUGUGCCCCCCACCUCGGGGGGCACACCUGCCAGGGUUACCUGCCCAGCCCCAAUAGGCCCGCCUUCACCCCGUACCUGGGGGCUCCCCAGACCCCCACCGCCCGUGGGCCCCCUGGCUCCAAAGAGCCUCCCCCCUCGGUCGUCUUCCCCUGA